AUGAGCCGCGCCCUCCCUUCCUUGAGCCUCUCGCCUUCGGGCCGUCCACGAGAUGAUGCUCGGGAGGAGCAUUUGGAUCAGACGCUCGCGGUCUUAGAGACCCUCCGGUAUCGCAGCUUCGACCAUGCGAAGCCGUGGUUGGAUGAAGCCGGGCAGCUGGUUUGGUCGAGAGGGCGAACUCGAAUGGCCAAAGUCAUCUACACCCAAUGCUUUGAGACCACCAUGGGAGUAGUCAUCAUGCUCCACUUCGGACUGAUUCUCUUCGAAGCUGAGCAGGAUGCCAGGUGCUUCCCUCCGCGCUUCCACGGGUCCUACGAGCUCUGCCCUUUCCGAAGCAGCGCUUUACUCUGGCACCAGGUCGUCGACUGCUUCUUGCUGGUGAUCUACUCAUCCGAGUUCUUCGCUCGCUUCUACGUGGAGCGCAGAAGGUAUUUUUGCAACGCGUGGAACAUGGUGGACUUCACCACACUGGCGGUGGGCUGGCCUUGCUUUCUUUUUGGAUCGAGGCUAAACCUCAACGUCCUUCGUCUCUUCCGCUGCAUACGAACCAUCCGGGCUGCGCGCGUCUUCAUCUCUGUGCCAGAACUCUAUCUGCUGGUCACUGGUCUUUCCUCCUCGAUCAAGGCCAUGUUUUUCGGCUCGCUUCUGCUGGUCGCCGCCCUCGUCUUCUGGGCCGUCAUCGCCGUUGAGGUGCUGCAUCCGAUCACCUCCAGGAUUCCAGUAUCAACUUGUGAGCGAUGUCAAGAAGGCUUCGCAGGCAUCUUUGCUGCGACAGUGACCCUCUUCCAGCAGGUCGUUGUCAGCGAUGCCUGGGGGGAGAUCUCUUUGCCGUUGCUUCAGGCGAAGUCGUGGACGGCCAUUGUCCUUUUCCUCAUUGCCGUCACGAUAUCCCUGGGCGUGAUGAACUUGAUACUGGCUGUCAUUGUCGAGAGGGCUGCACAGGGCAGGGACAAGGACCAGGAGCGCAAGAUCAAGCAGAAGGAGGAGCAGAGAUCGAAGAACAUGAUCGACCUAGCGGUUCUCUGCGCAAACAUGGACCAGGACAGUAGCGGCGCCCUCUCACUGGAGGAGAUGCUGCAAGGCUACGAUCGGAACGAAGACUUCCAGAAGCGGAUGCAGGUGAUGGACGUGAAGAGGGAGGACAUGCAGACCAUCUUCCGUGUCCUGGACAGCGACGAUUCCGGCGAGGUGUCCUACCUCGAGUUCUGCCAGCAUUUGGGCAGUUUCUCGGCCCGAGAUCCCGUUGUGAUGCACUCCUUGGUGAAGUACUCGGUCAUGGAGCUGCGGAAGUGGAUGGUGCAGGAGAUGAUGAGCCUCCUUCAUGAGCACUCGUCGCAGCUUCGGGAGCGUGCCCAGCAGCUUCGCAACUUCGGGGGCGCGGCUCCGGAUGUGAGCAUGGCUCCGGAAAAGAGCACUUCCCUUCCUGAUCUGAUGCCAGCCUCCAUGGAUCCUUUCCUGUCAUGGCCUGGGAAGGGCAAGGGAGUGGAGGAAAGCCAGAAGAAGGAGGAGGAGGACACAGUUUUCGCAUCGAUUACUGACGUCUCCGUGCGGCAGCCGCCCACAAAUAGCUCGCAGGUGGCCACGCAAUUGUCCUGGAUGGGGCAGCAGAGGCGAUUGUCGAGCCGUCAACAGAAGCUUCAUCACACUCUGCGCCAGCUGCACAGCAUGCGGUACAAAAUGCACGACGAGGCAAAGCCCUGGAUGGAUUCGGAU